CCGCAUAAAGUAGGCGAGAAAUCCCACGGGCCCCGAGUCAGUGGUGACCCUAAGCGCUUUCGUUUACAGUAUUCCGAAAAUUCCUACCGUUUCACGGUUACAGAUCCAUGCAGUAGUCGAUUGUAAUCAGGAUUGCGACGAUCAAUUUGAAAGCGUCGGGUUUCAAACAGUUGGACGAGCGUUUAAUAAACAAUGGGUUUGGUCGCAACGCGAGUGUGGGAUUUCCUUGAAUUAUCUUCAAGAAAUUAUGGAGUCUACAAAAGUGAAGAAAAGGAAAAAAAUAUUCAAAAAAUGUAAAAGCCAACAAAAUAGCUCUAAUGUAAUAGAACAGAACACACAAAUACCUGACUGUUCAGGUGAAGGAGAUAAUGAAUUCGAUAAUUCCUUGUUUCAAUAUUUAAGAUAUUCUUAUGAGAAUGAAAAAAGUAGACAAAGAAAACAUAAAAAAAGUAAGAAAAACAAACACAAAGUUCCAAUGAGUAAACCUAAACAGACAGAGAAAGCAGAACUGGAUCACAAUAAAGCAUCAAAUGAGCAUCAGCCCUAUAAAAAGACAAAGAAGAAGAACAGCUCCUUUGACUGGUGCAUCACACCAUCUGUGAAGUUUGAUAACACGACUUUUGAACAUAUAAGUAGAAAAAGGCAAAUCAGAUCCUUUGAAGAUUUUGAAAACAUUAUUUGUGAACAGCAGAAAAAACACAAGCUCCCACAUCAUUCACUGUCAAAGAAAGACCACAGUGACAAAGAGACAGACCAGAAAAAUAACAAUCAGGUAUCACCAGUGUGCAAAAUAAAUCCAAACAAAACAACAGCUGUAUUUGACAGGUCAGAUUCUUGUAUUGAUAAAUAUAUGUUGCACUCUAGAAAUAAAAUAAAAUUAUCUAGAAAAGGGUGUACAGUGCACGAAGACUGCUGUUCGUAUAAUAAACCUCUGCCAUGCUCGACUCCAGAGAUACGGACUAAAUCAUUCAACACUAAUGACGAGAAGAGCUUAAAGGAAACAAAAUCUGAAACAGAAAUAAUACAUGAAAUUAAUGAAGACAUGUUUAACAGCCAAGACCUCUUUAUUACACAAAAGAAUUUUCAGCCUGUAAUUGUGUCUAGUGGGGAGAGUGACUUUGCUUUACGUGUAAAAAGAGACCAUCAACGGUACAUGGAAAGAGAAGAACCUGAAAAGCAAAGUAUGGCAUCAGUAUUAAGUACACCGAUGUCACCUUAUAUACAGAGAUUUAAAAAUUGUCAUCACAUCUGCAAUAAUGAAAUGAAGACACAUGCUGAUAAAGCUACACAAACUGAUAUAUCUAUUGACUUGAGUUCAAUGACUAUGUCUUCCAAACUUUGCAAGUAUUUAUCAAAGGCUAAAUGUAAGGAGAUUCCAGUUGAUUUUAGUUUGCCAUCACGAGUAAGAGCAAAUAUCCCCAAUACAGAUGAAUUCUUUUCUACCAAGGAAAUGUGCAGAAAUUUCAGGGCUUCUCCUUCUGUAUCAGGUCCUGAAAGCCAGUAUACUGAAUCAGAUAAAAUCAGUGGGUUGACAUCUGAGGGUGGAAAUAAAACUUUUUCCCAAAGCACUUAUGGUGGUACACAGUUAAAAAAAUCUGAAGAAGGAAAAUAUAAACAAAUGCAUUUAAAUAAAUCUUAUUUUUUUAAAGUGAAAAAUGAAACGGAGUGUGUAGACCCAAACUCUCCACUAAGAAGGUUGAUGAUGCUGCCUGAUAAAAGAGUAAACAACAGAAAAACUACUUAACAUGAAAUAAUUUAAGGCUAAAUUAUAACGUUAACACAAAGGCAGCCUUCACUGAAAAGCAUUUUAUAAACUAGAAAAUUGUUGAAAACCAGUUUGAGUUAUUAAGGAAGAUUUUUGCACGUUGUUAAUAAUACAUACUUUGUAUGUUCUGUGUACACAUUAUCUACCAAUAACUGCAUUCAUUAUAUUCACUUAUUCAGUAUAUAACAGUUCACAUGUCAUUUCAUAU